AUUAUUUGUCCAUCAUUAAUUUAUUUGUUACUUCCCUUUAAUCUAAGGCCGAGCUUACAUCUAUUACGGUAAUUUUAAGAAAGUUAUAAUUAUAUUAACUAAAAUGCCAGAAGGAGAAACAGAGCAAGAAUUUCUUGCGACAUUCCAAGAGCAACUUGAUUUCAUUCGUCAUUCUGUAGGUCAAAGAAUCUAUGUUAAGAUGCACAAUGGCCGAGAAAUACGUGGUCGGCUUUAUGCUUUUGAUCCGUUUUUAAGCAUGGUGUUAGGAGAAGCUGAAGAGACUAUUACGAAAGUUGAAGUUGAUGAAGAAACAUUUGAAGAAGUAUAUAAGACUACUAUACGUCCUAUACCUAGGCUGAUUAUUAAAGGAUUUGGUGUUAUGGUUUUGUCUCUUUCUUCUACUACAUCAUAA